AUGUUACGUUCGGCUGUGACCGGCGGUAUGGUGGGCCUACCGCCGCCGCCGCACGCGCGCCUGUCGCUCUUCGACUCGUGUCACAGGAAGAUCCGACUCAUCAGCGGUGGUCCUGUUGCAUUUCUAGGAGGAUUAGUUUCAUUCAUUAAAUUUUGCAAAGCGGCACGCCGGGAGUUCAUUAUGGCCUCGAUUAACACGGUCUUCGCCUUGAGCAAACCUCUGAAGCAAUUAGACGUUGGUCAUGGAGCGCUGGUGACGGCAGCGGGCAGUACCGCACCGGCAUCGGCAUCGGCAUCGCCAAAGACCCGCAAUCACGUACAUGCAGCGUACAAUCGUAGAUCUUCCCUCACAUUUUGGCUGGUUGAUGGCCAUGUUCGAUACUGUAUUAUAAAAAUAGCAUAUACUUCCAUGUGCCUCGACGUCGUGAUCACCUACAUGUAA